AGAACCGAAUGCUCCCAUAUAAAUACAGGGCAGUCCAUUGCUAGUACUCAGUGAAAGCGUUGAAGGCUGUUAAAAAAAAAUGGGAACUGCUUGGAGGAAGCACCUUAAGCAGGAGUUCACUCAGGAAAAGCGUUCUCUGAAGACUAAACAUCCACAAUUAAUCCUUCUGUCACAGUGGAGGUUCCACCCAUGUGUCUUGUUGAUUUAUCGAAUCUUCACCGCGGUCUACACCCUGGUCUGGUGCAUUUGCAGUGGAGUCCAAACCAACCACCCCAAAUGGUUCAUCUUCCUGACACACCUAACCUAUACUGUCUUGACAUUUUACUUCAACCUGGCAUUGGUAAAUUUGAUUUGCUACAUGGCAUGCGGACUGAAGAGACCUGCGCAGAAUAUCAGAGCAGCAUCUUUGGAGGAGAUCUCAAGCUGUAAUCCAGCAGUUCCAGAAAUCGAGGUUGAGACUCCUGCUCUAAAUUUGCACACAGAAUUCUCCCCACCGUCUUCGCUACUGUAUCCCACUAUCUGCAUACAGUGGUCCCUGUAUAAUCUAAGCAGUGUGAUCAGCCUAUUUGUCACCAUUGCUUUCUGGAGCUUUGACUACAUUCCAGGGAGAGCCCCUGACUCCGUGAACAUCAACAUGCACGUGAUCAACUCGGUUCUUGUACUUCUGGAGCUGGGCAUGACAGCCGCUCCCAUUCACCUCGCCCAUUUCAUCUACACCUUGUUGUACUGCCUCUCUUUCAUCAUCUUCACCGUCAUCUACUGGGCUGCUGGAGGCACCAACCUCAGGGGAAAACCGUACAUCUACAGGUCACUAAACUACAGUGAGACUCCGGGUGCUGCCGUGGGCUGCAUCAUUGGGAGCAUCUGCUUGCUCAUGCCAUUCCUUCAGUUCAUGGUGUGGAACCUCCAUUUCCUCAAAUGCCAGGCCUACCUCAGGCUCAAAUAGAAGGAUGGUACUGUGCAACACUGUUAGCCUGGCCUUGGAGUUUCCUCAGUUCAGAAUUCCAAAACAAGGAACAAAGAUGGGAAAGAAUUCGGAACAGAAAACCACAUCAAGCACCAGAAUGGAGAACCAACAUAUUUGUUUUGAUGGACAGGCCGGUCUAUAAGUACAUUUUUUUGUUUACAUAGGUAGGUUUGCCAUUUGGCCUUCCCUCCAAUCAGAAAGGCAUGCUGUUUCCAGGUCUCUAUCGGAAAGUUGGUAUUAAAGAGAGGCCCUAGAUUUAAUACUGCUGAACUGACUACGAGCUGGUAGAUCUCUCCCUGAAAGAUAAUGGUAGUAUUCAGCGAGACAUUGUGAAGCCCAGCUCCACUUCCUUCUCGUCUCUCUUGCAAAAUCAAAACUUGAAUUCAAUCUAAUUGGUUUUGUCUGAAGAUUGGCAGCUAGCAAGAGGCUGUCUGUUAGUUGGAGAUACUGGGAAGCUGAAACAUGUUCUGGCUUUGCAAAAACAUUACACAACCAGCUGGGAUUCCCUAUCCACUCUGUGGGACUCAGUCACCAAGUAAUGACCUGUUGCUGAAGAACUCAUACCAGGUGCUCUGUCUCUGAUAAACAUAUUAUCAGAGCAAAACAUUUGGUCUUUGACAGACUGUGUAAGUGAAUCACAUGUAGAAAUGCACUACAAUAAAUUAAGCUGGACACUGCCAACUGGUAAACCUUCUGAGCUGGCAGUAAAUAUGUAAGGACAUUUCCAAAGGAUCUAUUGUUGUGUCCCUCUUUUUUCCUGUCCACAUGCUGCUCUUGGGUAAUACCAUCUGAAAGCACAGCAUCAUUUUCCAUAUGUACACCACUAGCCCCAGCUCAAUGUCACCAUUACCUCUCUUAUCUAUUCCUUUGCAGUUAAAUUGUCAAAAUGCUUUCUAAUGUCCAGAGCAAUAUUUUUUCCAACUAUUGGGAAAACCACAGCCAUUAUCUUCCAUCACACAAUAAAUUCUGUACCCUAGCCAAUGAAUCCAUCCCUCUUCCUGGCAACUCGGGAGCAAUGAAAGGUGCCUCAUUACAUUGGUGUUGUAUUUCAUAGAGUUGUUACAUUACAGAAUGAGGCCAUUUUGCCCCUCAUGCUUACACUGGCUCUUGGAAUUCUACAUUGUCCUCCACACAGUUUAGAAUUCUUCAACGCUGAGUGUCACCUGCAAAACUUUGCGAUGGUCCAUUGCACACCAAAAUCCAGAUCAUUAAUACGUUAAGAAAACAUGAGUCCCAAUGCCAACCCUGGUGACUCUCUUUUCCCUUUCACUCAGCCAAGUUUGUAUCCACAUUACUGCUGUCCCUUUGAUCCAUGACUUUGCUCACAGGUCUGUCAUGUGGCAUUGUAUUAAAUGUGUUUAUGUAUAUCAACAGUGUUUACGUAUUACCCUCAUUGAUCUUUCUGCUACCUCCUCAAAAUAUUUACUUCCAUGAAGAACUUCUGAUCAUAUAUUUCUGCCCUUACAUGGACUGCUUAUUUUCAUCUCCAUAUCAUCAGCCAACUCCACCUUAUUUCAGCUCAGUGGUUGAAACCCUUGGGCAUGCUUUUGCUUUCUCUAAUAAUAGCUCUACUGACCAGCAUUCAUAUUUUUACCCUCUAAUAAACCUGAGGUAAUCUAAACCAAUCUGCUCAAUUGCAUUAAGCUCUGUUCACUUAUAAUCCCUGUGCCUGCUCGACCUAGAGAAGCAAAAUCUCAAUUUGUUGCUUUCAAUAUGGGAUGGCAAGGUGGCUCAGUGGUUAACAUCACUUCCUCACAGUGUCAGGGACCCAGGUUCAAUU